GAUACAGAAAAGAAGAGCAAAGCAAAAACAAAAGAAAUGGCGAAGAACUGUAGCUCCGUUACCUUCAGCGUUCUCUUGAUUGUCCUCUUGAUGGCUUCGACCGAAAUCCUCAAAAUUGAGGCUAUGAACGUCAAGGCCAGAUGCCUUCCACAGGGAUGCAAAAAUCCUACAUUCUCUGAAGAGUGCGGCCUGGAGCCGUUCACAGGUACAAACAAUGAUUGCUGUCAUUGUUGCGUAGCUAAAUACGGGAGGCAAGCAGUCUGUAAAGGAGUUGUUGAGGGACCAGACAAACACUGUCAUUGCUACAAAGAACGUGUUUGAAACAACCACAUACAAUUACCAAGUGUAAGUGUGUAACUUGUGUGUUUCAUUUGGUGUGAGGACAUUACAUGUUUGUAUGUUUAUGCUCAACUUUCUGUUGCUUCCAAAUAAAAAUCAUGUGUGAAAUUUUGCUUCUGUCUGCAUAUUCAACUUUUUGUGUUUAUCAUUUCAUUGUUGUUCUGGAAAAUAAUGGAUAUGAAAUUAGUAUCUGAA